AUAAUGAAAAUUUGGCCAUCUAUAAUAAUCUUAUUUAUAUUUGUCACUUCAUUAAUUUUCCUUGCUUUUACUGAUGAUGUAUCUAAUGCAAUGCAAAAUCUUUAUUGUGAUCUUGGAUUAAAAAGUGAAGAAUUAUGUCCUAUUGAUGGAGAAUGGUCUUCUUGGAGUCCUUGGGGAUCUUGUUCUGGAAAAUGUGGAUUUAAAGGAAAAAAAAUAAGACAUCGUAUUUGUAAUAAUCCUAUACCUUCUAAUAAUGGGGCUCCUUGUAUUGGUCCUAAUUAUCAAAUCGAAAGUUGCCAUAUUACAGGAUGUACCAUGAAUGAUUAUGAAAAAAUUGUAAAUAUUCAUCCUAUACGUAAAGAAGAACUAGAAAUUGUAAAGGACAUUCAUCAAAAAUUGCCUGCUUUAAUAGAAUUAUGCUUUCUUGCCGAUUGUACAUUUUUCAUUGUAGAAAAAAUUCUUGGGAACAAUUCAAUGCUUUAUUGGAAUGCUAUGAAUUGCAUUAAAUAUAAUGUUGGUUGUCCAAAUCCUGGUGGUUGGAGUGCUUGGGGAAUUUGGUCACCAUGCACUGCAAUUUGUGGCAAAGGUUUAAAAUAUCGCACAAGAAUUUGUAACAGUCCAAUACCUUCCAAUUAUAAAUUAGUAUGUCAUGAUUCUGCAUUUGAAACAAAAAAUUGUCUAGGACUUAAUUGCAGAAAACUAUCAAUGGGAACAUGGACUAAUUGGAGUAAAUGGACUAUAUGUAGUGUAGAAUGUGGUAGUGGAAUUCGAACAAGAAAACGAGCAUGUUCAGAAAUACAAAAUUUACAAGGAACAUCAUGUAAAGGUGUAUCCAAAGAAAUAAAGGGUUGUACAAUUAAUAAUUGUUCUAUAAAUGGAAUGUGGUCAUCAUGGACAAUUUGGUCAUCUUGUACUUCAAGUUGUGGAAUUGGUACACAAUUGAGAAAUCGAAUGUGUAACAAUCCCUCUCCAAAUGGUAAUGGUACAUCUUGCUUUGGUUCAGCUUCUGAAAUUCGUCAAUGUUUCACUAAACCAUGUAUAGUUAAAUCACACGAAAUAGCAGACUUUACAGAAGAAAGUUAUCUUUUUUAUGAAACAACUGGAAGACCUUCACGUUUACUUCAUAUAUAUUUAAGAUUUUUGCCAUUGUCUCCUUUUGGUAUGAUUAUUUAUCGUUUUGAAAAAAACUGUAAAGGAUUAAUAUGUGAUUUUGUAAAAUUAUUUCUUCAAAAUGGGAAAAUAGUUCUUCUAUCUCAGAUUGCUGAUUGUACUUUGGCUUUAAUUCAUGAAACUAAAAUGGAAAUUGGACAAUGGCAUGUAGUAUUAAUUGCAAUAUAUGGAACACAUGGUAUAUUACGUAUUGAUGAUGGUCUUCAUAAAAUUAAUACUUUCUCAUGUAUUCCUAUGUCAUAUGAUUUGGAUCAUGUAAUGAAAAUAGGAGGAUUUCAAGGUCAAAUUCAAGAAAUAGCAAUUAAUUUCGCACCUAUUCAACUUCGUGCAUUAAAAGUUAUUUACAUUUAAUGAUAUACUUGUAAUUUAAUAAAUGUUUUUAAAUCAUAAUAUAUUGUUUAGGAUACUUAUAAUAAAAAAUAUGCAAAUAUUUUAUCCAGUAGUAAUAAUGUCCAAUAUUUGCUGGGAGAUGACAAUGAAGGUUUUAUUUAUAUUGGUUUAACAGAUUCAAUUGCAGUACCUUGUCCAAAAUGUAUAGAAUA